UAAACCUUGAAAACAUCAAACACAACAAAAAAAAACACACUUCAUUAAAAUUCUUCUAGUUGUCCUAUAAGAUCAUGGAAACAAACUCCAAUUCUACUACACUCCCUCCAGGUUUCCGAUUUCAUCCUACCGAUGAAGAGCUCAUCGUUUACUAUCUCCGAAACCAGACCAUGUCUAAGCCAUGCCCUGUCUCCAUCAUCCCAGAAGUAGAUAUCUACAAAUUCGACCCAUGGCAGUUACCCGAGAAAACAGAGUUUGGAGAAAAUGAAUGGUAUUUCUUCAGCCCGAGAGAGCGAAAGUAUCCGAACGGAGUCAGGCCAAACCGGGCUGCUGUUUCCGGUUAUUGGAAAGCAACCGGUACAGACAAAGCAAUUCACAGUGGUUCGAGAAACGUGGGUGUCAAGAAAGCUCUCGUUUUCUACAAAGGCCGACCUCCCAAAGGGAUCAAAACUGAUUGGAUCAUGCACGAGUACCGUCUCCAUGAUUCACGUAAAGCAUCAACAAAACGUAACGGGUCGAUGAGGUUAGAUGAAUGGGUACUAUGUAGAAUAUACAAGAAGAAAGGAGCAGGGAAGCUUCUAGAUGAGAAAGAAGGUUUCAUGGAUGAAGUACAAAUUGAUGAGACGUUAGCAGGGAGAAGAAAUGAGGAAGAGAUAAUGAUGAUGACGUCGACAAAACUUCCAAGAACGUGUUCGCUUGCUCAUUUGCUAGAAAUGGAUUAUAUGGGACCCAUUUCUCACAUUUUAACACCGUUCGAUCUUCAUCAUCCUGAUUUGAACGGCAUGAACGAGUCUGGAUGGUUCGGAGAUCUACAGGUUAACCAAGACGAGAUCUCGAACCAUCAUCGUCAGGCUAGUAUGUUCCAGUUUUAGUGGUGAAAAGAGAUGUACUUGGAAAGUUUAUCUCGCACAUGAAAAUUGUAAAAUAUUAACUAGAAAGACCCAUAUAUGAAUGUGAAAUGAAAACAAUGUUUAACUAUAAAAUGGAGCUGUUCCAGCGUAUGAUAGGCGAA